UUAGUUUGUAGCUUGCUUUUCUUUUUAUAUAUAGUUAUUAAAGCAGCCUGUAUGCUUUCAGAAUGACAUCUACGAUGAUCUGCAGUAUCCUGCGAGAAUAGGCAUUCUUGAAACAUACUCAACCACACUAAGUUUUAAAAUGCACAGCAUUAAGCACAUUUUACUAUGAUAUAUUGGCACUCCCCAAUGCUUUAAAUACCAGCCGGCCUUAAUUUUAUAUUUAAACAGCCGUUAAGCAAUGUAACAUUUUUUGGUAAAAUGUCAUUAUUUGAAAUAGUACUAUAUUAGACGGUUCCAGAUGAAGAAGUGAAAAUUUAACCGUGCCUAUAUGUAUGCAAACUUAAUGAAUUGGUAUAGUACGUACGCAAAUAGUAUCUUCCAGUUCUGUUCUUUAACGAUUUUUAGAAAGUGUAUGGUUGUUUACAAUAAUCACAAAAUAAUAAUCCCAGUACAUUCAUUAUUUGACCAAGUACCAAGCUAAUAUAAGUAAUUAGGUAGCAUUUGCUGUAACAGUGCAAAAGUACAGUAAUGAUAUAAGCGAUAUGAUUAGGUUAACUAACAGUCCGUCAGUAAUGGUAGUAGUUAUAUCUUACAUUUCUUUUUUUAGUAUUUAUAUACGUGUAUAUAUAUAUACUUGUUAAGGUGAUUCUAGCCUUUGUCAAAAGCGGUUUAAUCCUGUUCAGAAACUGGGGAGUGGGGGGGGUUGCUUUCCUGUCUCCAGAUUGGUUAGGAUUCCCAUCCGUCUUUAGCGGUAUCUGGAGUCUAGAAACAAUGACAAUAAUUAAUAUAUGCAUAUAACUUUAAUCAAGGGCAUGCUACAAGUCUUUUUUCCCCAUUACAUUACAUUGUGGCCAAAAAUGCAAGGCUGAAUCUAGGCUGGAAGUGUUCGUGGAUAAAGUACAAAUUUAAGCCUGAACUGUACUGUUUUAUCUAGCAUACUGUAUAUUAUGUAAUUUACGAGUCUUGUGCUAGAAGGUGUCUUCAAGCACUUUCCGUGGUUUAUGGUGAUACCUGUCACCCGAACUUACUCCGUGCUGUGCGAAUGAUUAUUGCUGGAAUUUGCUUGUAAGCCUGUUGCCAUGACAGUAAUUUCAAAGUGUUGCCUGAGAAAUGACUAGAGAAAAUAUUAGACAGUAGCCUAAAGACUUUCUGGGUAUGUCAGCAGUUGCCCUUUACGGCUGCGUGUCAUUGACUAGUGAUAGAAAUAGUGUGAGUUUGUCUAAGCAGACGUUGCGGGAUAGUUAAGGUGCAGCGCAGUAUGACGGAGCGAUAGCGGCGCCCUGCAGCUGCCUGUUCCGGUUCAGGCCGGUCCGCUCCUGUUCGCCUCUGCGUGUGAUUGGCGGCUCCGCGCUUGUUUACUCCGGCAUAUGGCGGCGGUACUGAUCAGGCAGCAGUAAAUGAAAUAUACGGAGAAAAAAUAAUACUUAUAAAACUCAGCCCUGUUUUAUUUUAAGGCUGGACGGUUUCACUUUUAAGAUGAUGAUAACUCAGAAGAAAGUCUGACCACUAUCCAUUCAGGAAGACAUGAGUAUUCAUUCAGUUUUGAGCUUCCACAAAUACCUCUGGCUACCUCCUUUGAAGGCAAACAUGGCAGUGUGCGAUACUGGGUUAAAGCUGAACUUCAUAGACCAUGGCUGCUGCCUAUGAAAGUGAAGAAGGAGUUCACAGUCUUUGAACACAUUGACAUCAACACUCCUUUAUUGCUGUCACCCCAGGCAAGCACAAAAGAAAAGACUUUAUGUUGCUGGUUUUGCACCUCAGGCCCCAUCUCCUUAAGUGCCAAAAUCGACAGAAAGGGUUACACCCCAGGAGAAUCUAUCCAGAUCUUUGCUGAAAUUGAAAACUGCUCCUCUCGUAUGGUUGUGCCAAAAGCCGCGAUUUACCAAACACAGACCUUCUAUGCCAAAGGGAAGAUGAAGGAAGUCAAGCAGUUGGUCGCCAACCUUCGAGGAGAGUCAUUGUCUUCAGGAAAGACGGAAACCUGGAAUGGCAAGAUGCUGAAGAUCCCCCCUGUUUCCCCCUCUAUCCUGGACUGCACCAUCAUCAGAGUGGAGUAUUCAGUGAUGAUGUAUGUGGACAUCCCAGGAGCCAUAAACUUGUCCCUCAACCUACCCCUGGUCAUUGGGACUAUCCCGUUACAUCCCUUUGGUAGUCGGACCUCCAGCGUCAGCAGUCAGUGCAGCAUGACCUGGCUGGGCAUGGCACUUCCCGAAAGGCCCGAAGCACCUCCAAGCUACACAGACAUUGUCACCGAGGAGCAAAGACGGAGCAGCCUGGAGGUGCCCAUGUCGAGGGAUGAAUUUGAUGGACCACUGUUUGCUUAUGUCCAGGAGUUCCGCUUCCAGCCCCCUCCAGUCUACUCUGAGAUCGACCCAAAUCCAGAUCAAGUUCGUGGAGUCGAGGAAGGGAGACCCAGCAGCUGUCCAUCACGGUGAAGAGAACCUAGACGAUGCCCAGAAUUUGAGUUUUCCACACCCUGGCAUCCUUCUCCUUUUGUCAAUAUCCAGAGAAAGGAAACAGACAGAGAAGUUAUGAAGCUGUACAAGCUUCUCCAGGAAUGACAUGUAAGAAUUACAUUCUGUCCACUAGAAUGGACAGAGAGAAGAUUAACCUAGCAGAAUUCAUGUAGCUGCCCACAACUGAAGAAGCUUAUUUUUAUUUUAUUUUUUUGUCUGGGAUUGGCGAUUGCCUGCCCUGUAGUCAUGACACAUGUUGGAAAGCAAGCAGGAGAAAACUAUCAGCAACCUGAAGCACUCAUUUCAAGAAGAGAGAUGUGAAGCCAGGCCUCAUCCUGCCUCAUAUGGAAGUUUGCACAUUUUAUUGUUUGCUUGUGUUGUGUGGUUCUGUUAAAAUCACUAAUGACUUACAUAUGUUGGGCUAGGAGACUGCAGACUACUAAAAUUUCCUCGUCUGCACAUCUAUUAGUAAUGCAGAAACAGAAAAAAACAAAAAAUGCACUGACCAAGUGAAAACUGUUAAUUUCUAUAAGCUUUUUUGUGAAGUCACUCAGUUUGCAUGAGUCCACAUAGCACAUGUACAUUUUCUCAGGCUCUUAACCUGUUGCUUCAUUGACUCAGAUUUAAGUGUUUUCUUUCUUGUUCCAAAUUACCUUCAAUCCAGAUUUUGUUUGCUUUGCAUUUUUAUUGUAUAGAUUUUAUUAUAGAAGAGCAAGAGAUAAGGCACAAGAUUUGUGUAUGUGUGCACGUACAUGUGUAUGUGCAUGCAAAUGUGUAUUAUUCUGUGUCGGAAAACAACUUAGACAUGGGUAGGACUGGCACCUGGUAGACAAGGCCAGACAAUGUAGAGCAUUUGUUGCCUGUCGACUCGUGUUAAAGAGUAAUGCUCUGUUCCGUACUGCCUAAAAAAGCACUCAAUCUCAGGUGAUGUCACUUGCCAAACGGUUUGUAAGACACUCUUGUUUCAGUUGCACUGUGUGAUUUGAAAGAAGGAAAAACAAACAAGAUGGGAUACGCGCAGUUCGAAGGCAGCUUUUAAAGGCUGACGACAUUCCCUUUUUGUCCUGCUGCACUUGCAGAAUCCAGACACCAACCCAAGCCAAUGAAACCAAAAAAAUAACUUUAAGGAAUAGGUUAAAGCAUGAAACAAGGUAGUAGUGUGAAAGGCCACAGAGGCCAUACUGACACAGCAGAAGUUUGUAGAGAAAUAAAAUUUUGCGAAACCACAUUUUAAACUGGUCAAGUAGUUGUAGGUUUAAAUGAGUGCUACAUUUGUUUUCAAACUCAUAUAAUGACAACCAGUUUGAGAAUGGUUUUGGAGAGCCUUAAUUGUAAAGCACUUUAAAGUAAAAGUUAUGAAUGGUGAAGGCUUGAGCAAGGUUUGGUAAUCACAAAACUUUUCACAAUGGAAAGUCCUCUGUCAGUGCAGUUCUAAAAUGAAACGCAUCAGUUAAAAGUAAGUUUAACUAACCAUUUUAAUCAUUAUACGUCUGUCUCUGUACCUGAGGCCAGCAAGCUUUAAGUAUUCAACUUCUGAAAAUAUAUGGCCUUGACAAAUUCCUGGUAUAAUUAUUCAAAAAUGCGUACUUAAUAUGAUUUACAGCUCAGCUUUUCUUUGUGCUGCUGUUUCUGUAAAUCUUGUGAAAUAGUGACAAAAAGGGAAAUAGUCCUACAAAGAAAGUAUUUGUUUUUUCCCUGAUAUUGUUUUUCUUUAAUUUGUUCACUUAUGUCUACAGAAUAGUUAUUAGGGAUGUGAUGUUUAUUUCCAGUGAAACACCUUUUAUGUUUGUCUGUUUUAGAUCUUGGGAACAACAGUAGCUGUAGUUAUUCAGAUUUAAUCUCCACAGGAAUUAGAAUAAGUUGGAAAUAACUGACAUUUUGGGACAGAAUUGUGUUUUCCGUGGUUAUGUCAGUGACUUUAGGUUUUAGGUCGGAAAAGCUGCAAAAGUGUAUCAGACAUAUUUUCCGUUUCACAUCUGCCAGUUCCAUAGUCCUUAGGCUUCCACUGCAGUCAGUUAUUAUAGCUAGGCAUCUGAUUUCCUUUGCUAGCCAUAAUGUUUGGAUGCUGGAGAUUGCGAUCUUAAAAAAUGUAGAAAUAAGUGCAAUAUAUAUAUUUUUUUACCUUUUUAGUUUGUUGAUGUUAAUUUACGGUAGAUUCUGUUUGGAUGCAUUAUUGUUCUGAAUGAUUUUAACUGUCUGAAAUAAAGUUAAAAUAUUGAAAAUAUA